GAGAGAGAGAGUGGAAAAGGGAAGAAGGCGGAAAAGAGGGAGGAGGGAGAGAGGAGGGAGGAAACCGAUCAAUGUUCACGUGACAAUCAACAACGCGAAGUGAAGUUGCCGCGAAAGGGUGCGCGAACAACGGCCAUAUUCAAGGCGAGCCCGUUGUCGCUCCCGGUAAACGCAGGGUCGCAAAAACAGUCUCGCGAUUAUUCAUCGGGAUAGAACGCGGAACGUGGUAAAAGAGAACAAGGUAGCAAAAAGGCCAAGAACGAGGAAGUGCAGCGAUUAAAUUCUUUUCAAUCACAACGGUGACAGCCGGUGAUCCCUUCCAUCAUCUCAUCGAUAUGGAGUUCAAGUUCAACGUAAAUAAACUCUUGCCUAGAAAGAUCAACAAGGUCACGCACAAUCUCGUGCCGGAAGACUUCAAAGGUGAUCGACGUGAAUUGAACGAAUGUCAGAGAUUAUUGAGCAGAAUACUGGACGAUAUGGGCGAGGCAUCAGCGAGAGCUCAAGGACUCAACAAGCCAAUUACUAGCGCCCUUAAACUCCGAGAUACAGAUCACAUGGUUUAUUUGCUAGUAGAUAGUGAAGGGAACAAUGGACUCGGUAGUGUGGUGGGAUUAUUGAAAACGGGAUCGAAAAAUUUGUUUCUGUUUGAUGAAAUGGGAGAGCAUUAUCAGCUGCAGGCGAGAUGUAUUUUGGAUUUCUACGUGCACGAGUCGCGACAACGUAUGGGUUUGGGCAAUAUUCUCUAUCAGCACAUGUUAUCUGAGGAAAACAUUAGGCCAGUGAAAUUGGCAAUUGAUCGACCAUCGGAGAAGUUCUUAGCUUUUCUACGCAAAUACUACGGACUCUCGAAGAUUAUCCCACAGAACAAUAAAUUUGUCGUCUUUGAAGGAUUCUUUGAUGACGAGAGUCGAGACGUAAGGAGCAAUAGAUACAGUUUACCUCCAAGAGUGAACUUGGACGAUGGUACGCCGGGCAAUAAUGACAGUAACGGAAGGAACGGUGCUAGUCUCAACGGGGUACCAUACGUGGCAUCCAUUUCGCGUAGCUCAUUCGGUAGAUACGCUGCGGCGCGGCCGCCCUGCUCUAUGGCAAAUAUAAUCCAUAACACAGCGAUGCUUGGUCAAUCAGCCGAGCAUACUGGUAAUAGCAACAAUGGCAAUGUAUCGCCGCCUCCACCGUUGAAACUGGAGCGGCCGCGUUCCUUGAGCCUCUACUCUGAAGAGGAGCAGAAGCAACGUAGUCUUGAGAUGAACACUGUUCCGACGCCUGUCGUGCCGGAUAAUCAAACCAAGUCGUUCGUCCCUGUUCUGUUGGAGGCUGAAAAAACAGAAAAAAAUGUGAAACCGUCACCGUCGUGCAGUCAGGAAGUGGCUACUGGCACUAAUCAACACGGCCACUUGGAUCUUAAGUUCUACCAUUCCCCUUUAUGGUGAAACGAUUUGGCUGAUACAGAGUUUUCUUCGUUUUUUUAAAGAAUUUAGGAGCAAUUCAACUAUGCAAAGUUAACGCUAAAUUUUAUUUUCCUUCCUUUUCUUUGUAUACGUAAAUAGGAUUAUAAAUCUAGGAGCAAAAGUAAAUAGCUAACUCACAGUUGAAGCAUUGAGAUAGAUAAUUUUUAAUUUGUAACUUUUAUCCAUUUCCUUUUUGUAUAUUAAUAUAGUAGAACUGUUUCUCUAGUUUUUUUAUUAUAAGAUUGUAGCGGCAUAUCAUAAAUAUGGAAUCUGACGCAAAAGUAAGCAAUAUCAUAAUG